AUGGCGGAAAAUGUGAUCAUCAAUCUUCUUCCGUCAAAACAGUUGAAGUCGGUUAUGAAAGCGACCGAUUCAGUUACAGAGAGAUCAGUCCUCCCGCCAAAACCAACCAAAACCAUUACAAAAGCAUCAAAUUUGGCUACUGAGAGGCUAGUUUCCUCGCCAGUGAAUCUCAUUAAGCAGCUAGUUUUCACGGAGUUUGGCUUGUCUCCGGUCACUACAAUGCGAUCACCAGAGCUCUCGAUUUCGCCGGCCGAGCCAAACACGGUGUUGCAUUUGCCUCCAUCGUACUGUCAGUGCUUCGCUGCUGGAGUAUAUUGCGAUGAGCGCAAGUGCAAGUGCAUUAAUUGUCGAAAUAAUGUUGAAAAUGAGGCUCUAAGGGAAGCAGCUGUAGAAAAUAUACUGGAGCGUAGCCCUUCCGCAUUCAGCCCAAAGAUUGCUUGCACAUAUAGUACUCUAAAUAUUGGGGAUGAUAAGGAGAAUGUUCCAAUGGUGGGAAAACACUACAAGGGAUGCGGCUGCAAGAAGACCGGGUGCCUCAAGAAAUAUUGUGAAUGCUACCAUGCUAAAGUGUUCUGCUCUGAAAAUUGCAAAUGUGUUGACUGUAAGAAUUUUGAAGAAUCUGUGGAAAGGAUGGCUCUCUCUGAAAGAGACUCUUUUUUUGAAGGAUCUAAGGAGACUGAUACUAAUGGAAACCUUAGUAAUACAAACAUGUGCAAGAAUUUUCAAGGAUCUGAGGAGAAAAUAGCUUUUCCUGGCUGGGAAAAUUAUAAGAGAAAAUUAUGCAUCCAGCGGGCGAACACUGCAAUAUCUACAGCUAUUGGGUUGUCUGGCCACAGCUUCUUACAUGCAUCCAGGAAGAGAAAGUCUCAUGAGUUCCUUGAUUCAAAUGACAAGGAUCCGCCAAAUCAAAGGCCCAUAAAUGAACAAAAGGCAAAUCCUCGCAGAAUUUCUAGUGCCUUGUCUGGCUUGUCCGAUGAUCCUGUCAAUCACAUUGUUAGUUCUGCUACACCAGGCUCUUCAGAGUUUCAUUGCAGGUACACGAUUCAUUCGAGAGAUGUGGAAAAACUUUGCACACUUUUGGUUCUAGUAUCAGAAGCUGCUAAAAUACUUCCAGAUAAAAAUGGCAAUAUUCUUGAAGUCCAGGACAUGGAAAACUGUCAGGAAGGAUUUGAUGUUCAGAAAGAGGUACAGGUUAACCAUUUGAGUAGGAAUCAAGUUGAUGCAGUAAACGCAAAAGAUAGUUCUUUCGUGGGAGCUGCAAGACAAAAUCAGAUUCCAAACAAUGGCUACAAGUCAGAUCUCUAUAUAAAACAAGAAGAGCUAGUGUUAAAAAGUUUCAGAAAUUGUCUUAGAAAGAUCAUCACUCUUGGAGACCUGAAAGCCGUUAAAACACAGAGGAUGAUCAUUUACCAAGACCAAGAUUUCCCUGAAAACACCAGAGAGUGA